AUGCAAUUCACUCAAGCAUAUAAUAAAUGCCAAGUGUGUGGAGAUUGUGCAUUUAUAAUGAAUUAUGGAGUAAUAUGUUGUUUUCCAUGCCGAACAUUUUUCCGUCGUAAUUCUCUUCGUGCAAAAAAAUUUCCUGGAUGUGUUUAUGGCGGUCAUUGUGAAAUAAAUACAAUUACAAGAAAAUUUUGUCCACCGUGUCGUCUCAUGAAAUGUUUUACUAUGGGAAUGAGUACAGAUUUGAUUCGGAAAGAAGUGUUACCAGGUAAAAAACGAAAAUUGAAAGCGUUCAAAAAUCAAGAACCGAUUAUGGUGACAAUACCAAAACCGUCUGCAUUAGAUCGACCAUCUGAUGGAAAUUAUUUAACUCUCAAUGAUUCAGAGCGAGUAGUAAUAUCAAAUGUUGUGCAUGCGUAUGAUGCAUUUAGUCCUAUAUUUCUAAUGCGGCGCACGAUGUCACUGUUGAAAACAUCAGCAUCUGAUCCUCAGCAUGGUAUAUCUCAAGCGAUACGAAUUAUGUUAGGAGUUUAUCAUGGCGUACAAUCAUUUAUAGGUUCAACGCCCGAUUUUAAAAUACUUACAUGCGCUGAACAACAUUCUCUAUUGAAUCGUAAUUUGCUUGGUCUUGUUUGUGGUGGCUUGCUUUGCAUAGUUCAUGAAUCAGGAAUGUUUGAUGCGCCUAAAAAUGAAUUAGUAUUCUCGCUAUUAUAUGGCACAGAACUGACGCAACACGCAAGAUCUAUUUGUCAGAAACUCAAUUGUGAUCUAAUACUCAUUAAACUUCUGAUUAUUGCUCUUGCUUUCUCUUCGAAUUGUUAUAUGGUAGAUAAUCAAGAAAAUAUUGGAGAAGACGCGCUAUUAUUAGGUACAUUUCGUUUAUUUGGAAGUCAGAAUGCUUAUGUUGAAAUUCUAUGGAAAUAUUUGAUACAUAACUAUGGUUUUGAUCGUUCAGUACACAUAUUUUCCAAACUCAUUAAACAGUUUCUCGAUGCAUUUUCCCUUUCAAUGGACAUGUACGCAAACAAAACAUAUCAUCGUAUUUUUCUUGACGAAAUAGUUAAAGAAGUGGAAACAUGCUCGAUUUCUGACGAACAACGUGUGGCACCUUUGUGGGGAAAACAACCAUGA